CUGAGAGCGGAGAAACACAGCUGUGCCACAGAGACUCAGAGCAGUGAGAAAGACAGAGACAGUAAGAAACACAGAGCAGGUGAGAGCAAAAACAAUGCCCGUAAGGAGAAGACAGCUGAACAUUACACAGAAGAUGAAAUUACGUCUCAAACAAAAGAAGAACCUGAGAUAGUUUUUAUUUUAUUUUAAGCAAGAGAGUGAAACUCAAGGGGGGAACCUGAACUCUCAGGAGAGCUGUGGAUCUGAAACAACAAAGCAAUGAGCUCACUGUCUCUGGAUUGAAUGAACUCAACAUAAAGAGAAGAAUCCUUGUGAGAAGAAAUUGGAGACCAACAUGUGGACAAACUAGAGAUGAAGACAAAUACAACAGGGAUUUUAGGACUGCCUGAACAGUCUGUUUAAAACUUUUUUCCAUUUUUGAUUUUCUGGAACAAUGCUUUCAAUGUUUUUUUGUGUUUGUUCAUGCUGACACUACUGUAGAACCAUCAUGUACUGCUGAAGGACAGUUUUGAUAAUAGACUGCUAGUCCAAGAGUAGGACAGACUCUUGGGACUCGUGGAGACAUGUCUCUAGAAGAUGUAGGAAGCACGAACAGCCUUGGAGCUGAAAGCAUCACCUCAGACCACUGCAAUGGCCACUCUCUGAGCCAAGGGCAGGACCAGGAUCUGGACCACCAGAACCAAGGCCAGGAUGGGGUAGUUAUGGAGCGGUUUGCCUCUCUGUCAUUGGACAUGUAUGACGCCAGUGACUUCAUUGGGAGGUUUACUAAGGUCCAGUCUAGGUACAAAAAGAGGACAAGGAUCUGUGGAGCCUCCCCAGUGGGACUGAAGCCCCCCAUCCCGCCAGUCAGUGGAACCUUAGGAGAGAGGAAGGGUCCUGUCGUCAUGGCGCCCGUCAAUGUGGACCCUGAGAGUAAGCCGGGCGAAUUCGUCCUGAAAAGCCUGUUCGCCAACUUCACCUUGCUCUCCGAACGCAAGAUCCGCAUCAUCAUGGCCGAACCCCUGGAGAAGCCACUUAACAAAUCUCUGCAGAGAGGAGAGGACACACAGUUUGACCAGUUGAUCAGCAGUAUGAGUUCUCUUGCAGAGUACUGCCUGCCGUCCAUCCUGAGGACUCUGUUCGACUGGUACAAGAGGCAGAACGGCCUGGAAGACGAGUCCCACGAAUAUCGACCCAGGGCCAACACCAAGUCAAAAAAUGAUGAGCAACAGAAAGACUACUUACUGGAGAGGAGAGACCUGUCGAUAGACUUCAUCUUUUCUCUUGUACUUAUAGAAGUUUUGAAGCAGAUCCCCCUUCAUCCUCUUUUGGAUGGACUCAUCCAAGAAGUAAUAAACCUGGCCUUCAAGCACUUCAAAUACAAAGAAGGGUAUCUUGGACCUAACACAGCUAACAUGCACAUAGUGGCUGACCUCUACGCUGAGGUGGUGGGAGUUGUUGCUCAGUCCAGGUUCCCGGCAGUGAAGAAGAAGUUCAUCUCGGAGCUGAAGGAGCUGAGGCCGAAGGAGCAGAGCCCCUACGUCAUCCAGUCCACUAUCAGCCUCAUCAUGGGACUCAAGUUCUUCCGCAUCAAAAUGUACCCAGUGGAAGACUUUGAAGCCUCCUUCCAGUUCAUGCAGGAGUGUGCGCAGUAUUUCUUGGAAGUGAAGGAUAAAGACAUUAAACACUCAUUAGCUGGACUCUUUGUGGAGAUACUUGUACCUGUUGCAGCUACUGUGAAGAACGAGGUGAACGUUCCGUGUCUACGUAACUUUGUCGAAAGUUUAUACGAUACCACACUGGACCUUUCCUCUAGGAAAAAACACUCUCUGGCUCUGUAUCCUCUGGUGACUUGCCUGCUGUGCGUCAGUCAGAAGCAGUUCUUCCUCAGCCGCUGGCACAUUUUCCUCAACAACUGCCUCUCAAACCUCAAGUUCAAUAGAGUCCCUAAGUUUACAACCAUCGCACUAAUCGAUUUGUAUGAGGUAUCUUCUCUCUGGUUUAUUUGUACAAAAUGUCAUAACAACCCCUCCUCCCACAGUCGUCUGACCUCCAUCACCUCCACUCUGUUCCCCAAAGGGAGCCGGAGCGUGGUGCCCAGAGACAUGCCCCUUAAUAUCUUUGUCAAGAUCAUCCAGUUUAUUGCACAGGAGAAACUGGAUUUCGCCAUGAAGGAGAUCAUAUUUGACCUGCUGAGUGUUGGGAAACCAGCCAAAGCCUUCAGUCUCAACCCAGAGCGGAUGAACAUAGGUCUCCGGGCGUUCCUGGUGAUAGCAGAUGCUCUGCAACAGAAGGACGGAGAGCCUCCCAUGCCCAACACAGGGGCCACUCUACCCUCUGGAAACUCUCUGAAGAAGAAGAAAACUUAUCUCAGCAAGACACUAACUGAAGAGGAAGCCAAACUAAUAGGCAUGUCAUUGUACUACUCCCAGGUGCGAAAGUCUCUGGACAACAUCCUGAGACACUUGGACAAAGAGGUGGGUCGAUGUAUGAUGCUCACCAGCGUCCAGAUGCUCAACAAAGAACCAGAAGACAUGAUCACUGGUGAAAGGAAGCCUAAGAUCGACCUGUUCAGAACAUGUGUGGCUGCCAUUCCUCGUAUCCUUCCCGAUGCCAUGUCCAAACCGGAGCUCAUCGACCUGCUCUCACGACUUACUGUGCACAUGGACGAUGAGCUUCGUCUUAUUUCCCAGAACUCCCUGCAGAGCCUGUUGCUCGAUUUCUCCGACUGGAGGGAGGACGUCCUGUUUGGUUACACACAUUUCCUGUUGCGCGAGGACGAUGACAAACCCAUGAUAGAGGUCAUGGACCAGCUGAGCCCGGCUGUAAUGGACAGCUUUGUUCAUGCUGUGUCUGACUCCUCCACCUUGCCUCUCAACCACCAUGUUGACCUGCAGUGGCUGGUGGAGUGGACGGCUCGGCUGGUGAGCAGCUCCUACGACGUGAAGAGUCCGAGUCACGUCUGGAUCUUUGCUCAGUGUCUCAAGGACCCCUGGGUGCUCUGUCUGCACAUCUUCUUGCGGCAGGAGCACCUUCCCAAACACUGCCCCACCGCCCUGGGGUACGCCUGGCCCUACGCCUUCACACGGCUACAGCUGCUGCAGCCUCUGGUCGACCCCAACAGUCCAGUGAAUGCGAAGAAGACGAGCACGGCAGGAUCCAGUGACAACUACAUCUCUCUGUGGCGGAACUACCUGAUCAUGUGUCUCGGCGUGGCUAAGCCGAGCAUCAUGUCCCCCGGUCACCUCAGAGCCUCCACACCAGAGAUCACAGCCACCACGCCCGACGGCAGCGUCACCUAUGACAACAAGGUUAUAGGCACUCCUUCGGUAGCCUGGCUUUUAAAACAGCUCGUCCCACUGAUGAGAGCUGAGAGUUUGGAGAUCACCGAGUCGCUGGUGCUGGGGUUCGGAUGCACAAACGCUCUUGUCUUUAGGGAGCUAGUCGAAGAACUCCAUCCACUGAUGAAGGAAGCACUGGAACGUAGGCCUGAGAACAAGAAGCGCAGAGAGAGGAGGGAUCUUCUCCGGCUGCAGCUGCUGAGGAUCUUUGAGCUGCUGGCUAACGCAGGAGUUAUCAGUGACAGCACCAAUGGAGCACUGGAGCGUGACUCCCUGGCCCUGGGUGCCCUGUUCCUAGAGUAUGUGGAUCUGACCCGCAUGCUCCUGGAGGCUGAGAAUGAGAAGGAGCUGGAUGUGCUUAAAGACAUCAGGGCCCAUUUCAGCGGGAUGGUGGCUAAUCUCAUCCAGUGUGUUCCUGUCCACCACAGGCGCUUUCUCUUCCCUCAGCAGUCUCUGAGACAUCAUCUCUUCAUCCUCUUCAGCCAAUGGGCUGGACCCUUCAGUGUCAUGUUUACUCCCCUCGACCGUUACAGUGACCGCAACCAUCAGAUCACUCGCUACCAGUACUGUGCUCUCAAAGCCAUGUCAGCAGUUCUGUGUUGCGGUCCAGUGUUUGACAAUGUGGGUCUUUCCACUGACGGCUAUCUUUACAAAUGGCUCGACAACAUCUUGGCUUGUCAUGACAUACGGGUGCACCGGCUGGGCUGUGAGGUGGUCAUCCUGCUCUUAGAACUGAACCCAGACCAAAUCAACCUGUUCAACUGGGCCGUGGACCGCUGCUUCACAGGAUCUUACCAGCUGGCGUCUGGCUGCUUCAAGGCCAUCGCCACCGUCUGCGGGAACAGGAAUUACCCAUGUGACCUUGUGACCCUUCUCAAUCUGGUGUUGUUCAAAGCUUCAGACACCAGCAGGGAAAUAUAUGAGAUCUCCAUGCAGCUGAUGCAGGUGCUGGAGUCUAAGCUGUGUGCGUACUCUAAGCGGAUGGUGGAGCAGAAGCCGGGUAAUAUUCUGUAUGGAACGCACGGCCCCCUGCCUCCUCUGUACAGCGUCAACCUGUCUCAACUCUCCAUCCAGCUGGCCAGCAUGUACCCAGAGCUCACACUGCCGCUUUUCUCAGAGGUGAGCCAGCGAUUCUCAACAACCCACUCCAACGGCAGGCAGAUCAUGCUCUCCUACCUGCUGCCCUGGCUCAGUAACCUAGAGCUAGUGGACACGGGGCUCCUACCCCCGUCCUCAAGCCCCUGCACACCAGAGGAGGAACCCCACGGUCCGGGGCAGGGCAUGGGUCUGGCCCCCAGUCUGAGGGGCAGCGGAUGGGGCUCCCUGCAGGCCACCUCGCUAGUGCUCAAUAACCUCAUGUUCAUGACUGCUAAGUAUGGAGACGAGGUCCCUGGCCCAGAGAUCGAGAGUGCCUGGAACGUUCUGGUGUCCAACGAGAGGUGGAGCAACAACCUGCGGAUCGCCCUGCAGUUCCUGGUCAGCCUGUGUGGAGUCAGCAGUGAUACCACGCUGUUGCCUUAUAUAAAGAAGGUGGUGAUCUACCUGUGUCGCAACAACACCAUCCAGACGAUGGAGGAGCUGCUGUUUGAGCUGCAGCAGACGGACCCCGUGAACCCUGUCGUCUUGCACUGCGACAACCCUCCCUUCUAUCGCUUUGCUGCCAGCAACAAGGCCUCCACAUCACAGACAGGCACCACGUCUAGCAGUAACACUGUGGUGGCGGGCCAGGAGAACCUGACUGACACAGAAGAGGUCAAGCUGGUCAGAGAGAGUGAAGAGCGAAUGGCCAGGGCUCACAACAGAUUGGAGUCUCGCUACAGCAACAGCUCCGGAGGCUCCUACGAGGAUGAGAAGGCGGACCCUCUCCCGCCAUAUGCCGGCUGGAUCCUGGGUGUCCUGGAGACCAACCAUCCUCAGCCGUUACCCAUGCCUGUAAACGGAGGCUGCUGGGCCCCUCUGGUCGACUACCUCCCAGAAACCAUCACACCUAGAGGACCACUGCAUAGGUGUAACAUUGCAGUGAUCUUCAUGACUGAAAUGGUGGUGGACCACAGCGUGAGAGAAGACUGGGCUUUACAUCUGCCCCUCCUGCUGCAUGCCCUCUUCUUGGGUCUGGACCACUAUCGACCAGAGGUCUAUGAACACAGCAAACGUCUCCUUCUCCACCUCCUCAUCGCUCUCUCCUGCAACAACAACUUCCAGGUAAUAGCCUCAGUUCUGAUGCUGACGAGAGAGAUCAGUGACAACAAGACCCUCACCAUUAAGUCCAGCUACCACUCAGAGUACCAGCAGUCACAUGCGCCUGACUUCCUGCGCGAGUGGCAGGCGUCUCCAAUGGCCGACUCUGGCCUGAGCUCCACCUCCAACUCCUCCGUUGCCAGUCUGGGUGGCGGCAGCAUUGCAGGCAGUCUUGGGAAUUUGCCCCUCGUAACCCCUGACGACCUGGAGGACCUCGAGGAUAUGCCCAACGAGACCGAGGAGAAGACCAACAAACUCAUCGAGUUCCUCUCCACCAGAGCGUUCGGGCCGCUGUGGGUGCACGAGGACAUCACACCAAAGAACCCCAACUCCAAGAGCACGGAGCAGCUCUCCAACUUCCUGCGCCACGUCGUCUCAGUCUUCAAGGAGUCCAAGUCAGACUUCCACCUGGAGCAGCAGCUGAGCGAUGUGGCUCUACAGACGGCUCUGUGCAGCUCCUCUCGUCACUACGCUGGCCGCUCCUUCCAGGUCUUCAGAGCCCUCAAACAGCCAAUCAACAACCACGCUGUCUCCGACCUGGUCUCACGCCUGGUAGAGGUGGUGGGGGAACACGGAGACGAAGUGCAGGGCUAUGUGAUGGAGGUGCUGUUGACACUGGAGUCUGUCGUGGUGAAUCUAGCAGAGUGUCUUAAAAACAGCGACCUUAUGGCAGCUCUAACCAGGACGUCCUCACCAGACUUCCUGACUAGUGAGAAACUGAUGAACAGAAAGAGCACAGGUCAGCUGAACUUCCCCGGCCCGGGGUUUGCCGGUCUGUCCUCUCAACGCCACCAGCGCUCCUACUCUGUCCCCAAGAAGUUUGGUGAAUGCAGCCACCCGCUGAGCGAUCCUCCUCGCAGUGCUACUCUGGAUCGAAUACAGGCCUGCAACAGUCAUGGCCUCUCCCGGACAGGAAGAACCCCCGGGUCCUGCACCUCAUCAACCAAUCGCAUUGAUCCCAGCGUGCUAUCAGAUCCCGCCCACGUUUCCCAUCCUUCAACAAUACUUGCCACAGUCUUCUGGGUGGCGGUGGCCCUCAUGGAGUCUGACUUUGAGUUUGAAUAUCAGAUGUCACUCCGACUCGUUCACAAGUUGCUGUCAAAGGUGCCCUUAGACAGAGCAGAGAACCGCGAACGCCUGGAGAAGCUGCAGGCUCAGCUGAGGUGGAGCGGCUUCUCUGGGAUUCAGCAGCUUUUGUUGAAGGGGUUCACCUCCCAGGCCACCUCUGACCUCACCCUACAGCUCUUCUGCCAGCUCACGCCAGUCUCCCGGGUGCCUGUUGUCGACAGCUCGCAGUCUAUAGGGUUCCCGCUGAAUGUGCUUUGUCUGCUGCCUCACCUGGUGCUGCACUUUGGCCAUCCUACUCAGUUUUGUAAGGAGAGCGCUGAGAGGAUCGCACAGGUGUGUUUAGUGGAAAAGAACACAAAGCUGUCCCAUUUGGCCCAUGUGAUGACUCUGUAUAAAACACGCUCCUACACGCGGGACCCUUUCUCCUGGGUCAGUGUGGUGUGCCGCUACCUCCAUGAGGCUUUCUGUGACAUCACACUCAACAUGGUCACCUACAUGGCUGAGCUGCUGGAUAAGGGCCUUCCCAGCAUGCAACAGUCUCUCCUGCAGAUCAUCUACUGCCUGCUCAGCCACAUGGACCUGACCGCCGUACAUGUCAAACAGUUCAACGCUGAUGUCACCAAGACCAUCGAGAAGUUUGUCCAGACGGUACACUGGAAGGAUGCCUUAAACAUCUUGAAGCUGGUGGUGUCCCGCUCUGCCAGCCUAGUUCAUCCGUCGUACCGCCACUCGCAGGGAGACCUGUCCAACCUGGAGGUCAGCAGGGUGUGGGACGGCUCAGCCAAAGCUCUGCCUGGGAAAACCCUGGACUUCACCUUUGACAUCUCAGAGACUCCAGUGAUCGGGCGUCGUUUCGAUGAGCUCCAGGGUUCAGGGGGGAGAGAGGGGAAGGCCAGAGCCAUGGCUGUCACCCGCAGCACUUCCUCCACCUCCUCCGGAUCCAACUCCAACACUAUCCUGGUUCCCGUCAGCUGGAGGAGACCACAAUCCUCUCAGAAAAGAACAAGAGAAAAGCUGGUGAACGUUUUGUCUCUUUGUGGACAAGAAGUUGGACUCACCAAGAACCCAUCUGUGAUCUUCUCAUCGUGUGGCGACUUGGACAUGAUGGAGGUGCGUGAGAGUGGUGUGUCUUCUGAGGAGGGAGGAACCAGAGAGGACACGCUGGACGACACCGCCAGCGAGCAGCAGUUCAGAGUUUUCAGAGACUUUGACUUCCUGGACGUGGAGCUGGAGGACGGAGAGGUGAUCCAGGGCGAGACCGUUGAUAACUUUAACUGGGGCGUGCGUCGGCGCUCCCUGGACAGCACAGAGCUGGGCGACAUGUUGGAAGAGAGCCAGCACUCAGGCAGCACCCCUAGUCUGGGUCAUGAAGACCCCCAUGAUUCAGACGAGUCCUCGGAGGAAGAGGAGUCCUCAACGAGCCAGAGCCUCUCUCACUCUCAACUCACUAACCCUUCUCCAUCGGAGGAAACCAAUCACACUGAUUCUCUAUCCACUUCCUACGACACAUCUGCCGACCCACAAUCCUUCAAUGCCACCACACCGGGCCAGGGAGGGCUCCUUGACGAUCUACAUUUACAUGGGAGGAUGUGUGGGGAGGAUGAGGACACUCAGGCCCCGGAUGACGAGCUGUCGCUGAGCACCAACGAUCUGCCUCAAGGCUCGGACUGCGGCGAGAGCUUCACCCUGGAGUUGCCGGGGCAACCUCUGGAUCUUAUGUCCAAUCGGGACCACAGCCUCAACGCAGACUACUGCCAACCGCCGCUGGACUUUCUAGACCCCAACUGUCUGCCCAGCUUACGUGAUGAUGUAGAUGACUUGGAAGACCUUGGUUUUCCUCCUCCCCCUUCUCCAUUUUUCUCCGCCAUCUUGGCAGCCUUCCAACCCACAGUGUGUGACGAUGCUGAGGAUGCAUGGCGUUGUCAUAUCAACCAGCUUGUGACUGACUCGGAUGGUUCCUGUGCCGUUCACACUUUUCAAGUCUUCUCAUCUCUCUUUAAGAACAUCCAAGGUAAAUUCUGCCUCCUGACAACUGAUGUUGCCACUUACCUUGGAGAAGGCUUAAGGGGCAUCGGGUCAAAGUUCCAAAGGUCCUCACAGAUGCUGACAACAUGCUCAGAUUGUCCCACAAUCUACAUUGAUGCCGACACGAUCAUGUCCUAUGGUCUCCUUGAGAAGAUGAAGUUCAGUGCGCUGGAGCUGCAGGAGUACCUGGACACCUACAACACCAAAGAGGACUCUGCACUAUCGUGGCUGAGAAACUGUAAGGACACAUUUCCCAGGUGCCCCGGUGACAGUAUAGUUUCCUGCCAGCCUGGAGACUCAGAAGAGAAGCAACUGGAGCUCUGUCAGAGGCUCUACAAGCUGCAUUUUCAGCUUCUUCUCCUGUUCCAGUCCUACUGCUCGCUCAUUGGUCAAGUUCAUGCUGUCAGCUCUGUGCCUGAACUUCUGAACAUGUCUCGGGAGCUCACUGAUCUGAGGACCAGCCUGCAGGCAGCAGAGGCGGCUGUAGCGAGCGACCUGGAACACAAACACUUGGCCCACACUCACGCACACGCCUCCCAGGUGGCCGCCAUGGUUGUGCCCAUCUUCCCCAGCUCUGAGGCAGCUGUACAGGCCAUACUGGAGUGCCUUAAGAACCACGAGUUUACCAAAGCUGUGCGCUACAUCCAGGAGUGCAGGUGAGUUACACUUCUGUCAAAAGAUGUUAUCA